GUGGAACAGGGACACUGGAUGCCUGUCCGGGGCUUGGCCUUGGCUGCACGCAUGACAUUCGUAAAUCAGGGGGCACUGGGGGUGUCAGAGGUGUUAGAGAUGGGUGUGUGGAAUGUCUGGGUGGGUGGCGUGGGGAGGAGCUGGGCGGGACUCCGUACCUGCCCCUGGCUACGGUGGCUGGUGGUGAAGAGGUUAAGUCCUGAGUGAAGCUGGGAAUAAAUUAAGGGCCGAGGACUCCCCCAGGCCCAAGACUGGUCACAAUGGCCACAGGGAGAGUCGUGCGCGUGUCUCUGCUGUUCCUGUCCCUGCAGCUGGGUCUCAGCGGGAGCCUGGAGGCCCCUCAGCAGGCUCCAGUGGCAACAGGGCAAUUCUUAUCUCAGCAGACAGAAGAAGCUGGAGGAACCUGGAGGCCACCGCUGGGUGCCCACAAUCCUCAGCUCCGCCCUCGCCGAGCCCCAGCCGCUGCUUGCCAGUUAUGGAGCUUGACCCUGCCGGUGGCCGAGCUGGGCUUGGGCUAUGCCUCGAAGGAUAAGGUCACCUUCCACUACUGUGCUGGCAGCUGCCUCCGUGGUGCCCGCACCCAGCACGGCCUGACACUGGCCUGGCUGCGGGGCCAGGGCCGCACCCACGGUGGGCCUUGCUGCCGGCCCACGCGCUAUGCCGACGUGGCCUUUCUUGAUGACCGCCUCCGCUGGCAGCGGCUGCCCCAGCUCUCUGCGGCUGCCUGUGGCUGUGGCUGA